AUGGAUACCACUGACCCGCGUGUCGGCUCUGCUCGCGACAAUUCCACGAGCCCGGGCCUCUCUCGCCAGAUCGCUGGUUCCAAUUCAUCUUCUGGAAGCAGCUUGCUCGCAACCCUUGUCCCUGUCCUUAUCUGGGCGGCUCUUUGCAUCACAGUCUUCAUUGUUCUGCGACGCAAAUGCCCACGGGUCUACGCUCCCAGAGCGAUACUGGAAAGCCUCGAGCCACAUGAACGGAGUGCGCCUCUCCCCGGCGGAUGGUUCAAUUGGAUCAAGGACUUCUACCAUGUCUCUCCGGCGUUUGUCUUGAACCACUCAUCACUCGACGGGUUUCUGCUGCUCCGGUUUCUGCGAGUGUUAUGUGUAAUGUGCCUGGUUGGCAUCGCACUUCUAUGGCCGAUCCUGAUUCCUCUACAUGUGACUGGUGGAGCCGGGAACACAGAAUUGGACCGUUUGACGCUCGGUAAUGUUGUGGAUGGCCGAAGACUCUACGCCCAUGCCCUACUGGCGUGGGUCUACUUCCUAUUUGUCCUCUACAUGAUCUCCAGAGAAUGCAUUUACUAUAUCAAUCUGCGGCAAGCUUACCUCCUCUCACCCUACUAUGCCAACCGAUUGUCUUCUCGAACCGUCUUGUACAUGAAUGUGCCUCGACAGUAUCUCCACGAAGACAGACUGCGAUGGAUACUGGGUGAAUCCGUACGCCGGAUCUGGACUCCCCAGAAAACCCCUGAACUCGAUAGAUUGGUCAAAGAGAGAAAGCAGACUGCUCUGCGCUUGGAGCGGGCCGAAUUCACCUUGAUUCGCACGGCCAACGCUGCCCGGACGAAGGCGCUGCAGAAGUCUACAACUGAGGACGAAAAGGAGCUGUACCACGCCUCGCCUGAAGUUGAGCGUGGACUAGAAGAGACUUCGGGAGUGCGCAGGUCGGCAUCACGCGACUCGAAGUCCGUCCAGAUCUGUCAAGGCUCGGAAUCACCCACCACCACGUCGAGCGGCGCCGAGCCCACUCUUCCAGAUGUCAAUGGCUCCGUAGCCUCGCAAUGGAUAUCUCACAGCUCGCGUCCUCACCAUCGGCCAAUAGCCAACUACGGAAGACGCGUUGACACGAUCAAAUGGACCAGAUCGCAGAUUCGGAAGCUGAACUCCAGGAUCGCACAGCUCCGACGACAGCAACUUUUUGAAACUCGGAACAUGAUGCCUUCGGUGUUUGUAGAGUUUGAAACGCACACAGAUGCACAGAAUGCACUCCAAACGUUGACACACCAUCGACCCCUCCACAUGUCCCAGCGGUACAUAGGAGUAAGACCUUUCGAGAUUGUGUGGGAGUCACUUUCAAUGUCUUGGUGGGAGAGCAUCGUCCGAAGGUUCUUCAUGAUGGGUUUAAUCACAGCGAUGAUCAUUUUCUGGGCCAUUCCGUCCGCACUGGUUGGGACAAUUUCCAAUAUCGAGUACCUGUCGGAGAAGGUCAGUUUCUUGGGAUGGAUAGGCGACCUUCCAAGCGUCAUCAAGGGGUUACUGAGUGGUAUUCUUCCCGCUGCAGCACUAUCUUUGCUGAUGAGUGUCGUUCCGGGUAUCUUGAGAUAUUGUGCGAAACUUGCUGGAAUGCCGACUUUGUCGAGGAUCGAGCUUUACACGCAAAACGCCUAUUUCGCAUUCCAGGUCGUACAGGUCUUUCUGAUAACGACGUUGACCUCGGCUGCAUCAGCUGCUGUCACCAAGCUGCUGGAGGAUCCGACCACAGCCAAGGAUCUACUCUCCCAGAACCUCCCAAAGGCGUCUAAUUUUUAUCUAUCAUACUUCCUCCUGCAAAGUCUGGCGAUCGGUUCUUCAGGACUGGCCCAGUUCUUCGCGUUGUUCAAGUUCCAUAUACUGCAGCGGUUUUCCAACGAUCCAAGGAAAAUCUAUGUGAGAUGGCAUCGUUUGCAACGAAUGCAUUGGGGAGCAGUGUUCCCCGUGUAUAGCAACCUCGGCGUGAUCACCUUCAGCUAUGCACUGAUAGCGCCAAUCAUUCUAGGCUUCGCCGCGGUCGGGGCCGCCUUUUUGCACGUUGUUUACAGAUACAACUUGGUUUAUGUCUACGACUCGGAAAUCGACACCAAAGGCCUCGUCUAUCCUCGCGCACUGCUGCAAUUGUUGGUGGGCUUGUACUUCUCAGAGAUUUGCAUGAUUGGAUUGUUCUCUUUGCGUGGCGCUUUCGUCCCUGUCGUUUUAGUCGCCGCUCUGCUGGUCGUCACGACUUUGGUACAUGUGUCGCUCCUGGAUGCCCUGGGACCCCUGCUGGCGAGUCUUCCCAAGACUCUGACAGUUGAGGAGGAUGAGCACUUGCUCUCCAAGCACCCCCCGCGACACGCGAUGGCGAACGAAGAAAUGGAGCAGCUCCGACCCCAGGCAGACAUCGCAACCGGCGCAGACGCAUACAGCAAUGAGACGAGUCGAGCUCUAGAAGGCGCAGACGGUGCCAUGCAUGCAUUGGGAGACGGACUCAAGUCCUGGCUCAAGAAGAAGGUCGAGAAAAAGGUCCAGAAGGACUUUCCUGAGGUCAACACGGCUCUGAAUCUGCUCAGCUCCUUCUUGAUGCGCUGGAUCUCUCCUGAUCCGACACAGAAAUCCAACUUCCUUCUCCGCUGGCUGCACCCCGAGAUCUAUUCUGACUACACGGUCCUCCGCCGCAUGGUGCCAUCGGAUCUUCCCGACCCGACAUACCCGGAGGAGAUCGAAGCGGACAUAUAUUAUCCGCCUUCGUUCCUGUCGAAGCCGCCCUAUCUUUGGAUUCCACGCGAUCCAGGUGGGAUCAGUCGACAGGAAGUGGAGCACAGCGGGAAAGUGAUCCCAAUCACGGACGAGUAUGUUACGAUUGAUGAGAAAGGGACUAUGAGCAUCAAUCUCGAAGCUCAUCGCCAAGUAUUUGACGUGGAUCGACUACGUUAUUGA